UUUAUCGUGAUCCAUUUCAGAUAAUUGAUCUGGCCGUGCGGCCCGUGUUCUGUUUACAUCUUGAUCUGGAUUUACCCUAAUCUGAGUGAUUCGGAUCACAAUCUGGGUGAUCUGGGUCCGGAGGUUGGCAAUAGACGACACUUGAUGAAGCUGCUGCUGGUGGCCAUAUUAGCGGCUGAGUACCCUCUACUGGGGACUUAUUUAGGGGAAUACACAGCAAGAAAACGGCUGAUCCUCAAAGUGAAUGACAAUGGAAGUUGCCGGUACUUUGAGGGCGGCGACAGUCCCGUAUGUGUGUGUGACGUCGCCAGCUGCCCGCCCCUCCACCCCGCCUCCCUCACCCCGCCCUCUGCUGGCCAUGUCGUCACCUACACCUCUUCCAGGGGCGGCCUCAGGUUCCAGGAGCAAGUGGUGGCUGUCCAUGGGCCUGAGAGUGAAGGCGGGCUGAAUGAUAGCAGUAUGAACAGGGCGGUGGUGGAGGUGGCCUGUCUCUCCCCACGUCAGGUCAUGAAUGGGUUCGGCGGUUCCUUCACCGACUCUGCGACCAUCACCAUGAACUCUCUUUCUCCCCCUGUCCUCGAUGCACUGCUCCGGUCGUACUUUUCUCCUGAGGGUCUCGAGUACGAGCUGGUCCGCGUGCCUAUUGGCGGCUCAGACUUCUCAGUAAGACCCUACACGUACGACGACGACCACGAAGGAGAUGUGGAACUGAACCACUUCCAACUUGCUGGAGAGGAUCUGGUUUAUAAAUUCUGUGAGGAGUGUCAUCUGAAAAAAAGCACUGUACGCAAGUCUGUGACUGUGAAGCCAAUUGUAUCCAACAGUAUGAACUCACGAGCUCAGGUCGACUUGAUCGAUAUGCAGAGCCAGCCAGAUGGAAAACAUCGUUUCAUUCUGAACUACCAGGAUCACUUGACGAAGAUGGUGUGUCUUCGGGCUCUACAGACGAAAACUGCUGAAGAGGUUGCUUUCCACCUCGUUGAUAUAUUCUGUGACAAAGGAGCCCCCCAUAUCCUGCAGUCUGACAAUGGAAGAGAAUUCUCAAAUAAGCUUGUCAAGGAAGUUCUGAUGAUGUGGCCAGAGUGCAAGAUGGUUCAUGGCAAACCACGACAUUCCCAAUCGCAGGGCUCGGUGGAACGUGCCAACAGGGAUAUUGAAGCCAUUCUCGCAUGUUGGAUGAAGGACAACAACUCUACACAAUGGUCACAGGGACUGCGCUUUGUCCAGUGGAAGAAAAAUACCCGCUUUCACUCCGGAAUUGGAAGGACACCAUAUGAGGCCAUGUAUGGACAGAAGGCUCGUCUUGGUGUUGACGCAAAUUCUGUACCAGAGGAAGUCCUGGACGGUAUGCAGACGGAGGAGCAGCUUGCAGAGGCACUAGGUGUUGUCAAUGAGGUCACAGACACAGAGGAGGAAGAGACAGGUGUUGAAAAGCAAGAAGAAGCAUCUGCUGUCAUUAACUGCAUCUCCUGUGGCAAAAGAUAUUUUGGUUUAAAUGUGUGCAAUGUGUGUGAGAACCCAUGUCACUCUAAUACUCCGUGUUCUAUGAGGAAUAACGAUGCUGAUGAGUCUGUGCUUUGUUCCAUCUGCAGUCGGAGUCAGAGUAUUCAUACUGAACAAAUGAAGUCCAACAUAGAACAACAGAAACAAGCCCAAAAAAUGAUCGAUAAUUCUGUGAAGAGAUUUCAACCAGCCAAGGUAGGGGAAACUGUGAUGGUUCCUGUUCCAUUAGUUGACCGCGGACGUGCAGAGUUUCCUAAUGUGAAGGCAGUUGUUUUUCAGGCAUUGGACAAUGGCACAUAUAAGCUUGGUACAAAACACGGCCUGCUUAAACAAGUGUACACUCGCAACCAAUUUACUCCAUGUCUAGAAAAAUUCCUUUCUCUUGAUGAUGUUGUACAGGAGCGGGAAGUAAGUCUGCGGGAAGUAGCAAUUGCAGAAUCAAUGGGACAAGGUCAGGGAUUCGCUAAAUGCUCUUGCACUAAGUCAUGUAUGACCAGACGCUGCAAGUGUUUAAAAAACUCUGUAUUAUGCAACAGCAGAUGCAAAUGCAGUGCCUCUUGCUCCAACAAGGUCGACACACAAUAAAAUUAGUUAUGUUCACUACGUUUUAUCAUUCCCUCGCUUUUUUUUUCAUCUGCCUGCUUGCUGUAUGGACAUUUUGUAAACUGACCAACGAUAAUUUUGUAAACUGACCAAAAUCUUGGUCG